CUGGUCACACACCACACGUGCAUUUAUUUUACUCGAACGGAACGUGGUUGGAAAAGAACGUAGUUUUUUUUAUAGUUUUUACGGCUCACCAUGGUGCGGCCCAACAACAACCAGCUGCCGGAGAACCUGCCGCAGCUGCAGAACCUGAUCAAGCGGGAUCCGGAGUCGUACAGCGAUGAGUUCCACAUCCAGUACCAGCACUUCCUCAGCCUGCUGGAGGUUUUCGCUCUGAAUCCCAGCGAGGAGAACAAGUCUCUGGAUGACAUCGUCAUGUUCGUUGCCCAGGUGGCCCAGUGCUACCCGGCCGUGUGCGAAGAGUUCCCCAAGCGACUGUCCGAUCUGCUGAAGAACUACGCCACCGUUUUGGAUCCAGCCAUGAGGAAUUGCUUUGUAAAAGCCCUAAUCCUGCUGAGAAACAAGAACCUGGUUCCGGCUCUGGACAUACUGGAAUUGUUCUUCCAGCUGCUCCGGUGUCCGGAUAAGAAUCUUCGCACCUUCCUGCAAACGCACAUCGUAACCGACAUAAAGAACAUGAAUGCCAAGCACAAGGAUAUGAAGCUCAAUUCGAGUCUUCAGGCCUUCAUGUACUCCAUGCUGAAGGAUGCCAAUCCCAAGGCAGCCAAGAUGUCCGCUGAUAUCAUGAUCGAGCUUUACAAGAAGAACAUCUGGAACGAUCCUAAGACGGUGAAUGUCAUAGCCACCGUGGGCUGCUUCUCCAAGGUGACCAAGGUGCUGGUCACCUCGCUCAAGUUCUUCCUUGGCCACGACGAAGAGGACGAGGAGGAGGACACCGACAGCGAGAACGAGGUGGACCUGAAGGGCGCUCUGAUGGCCAAUCGAGUCAACAAGAAAACGAGAAAGGGAACCAAACAGCUGGCGCAGAUCAAGAAACAGGCGGUGAAGGCGCAAAAGAAAAAGAAGAACGCGCCUGCCUUUAACUUCUCGGGAAUUCACCUGGUGCACAAUCCGCAAGGAAUGGCCGAGGGUCUUUUCAAGCAGCUGCAGGGCACCAACGAGCGAUUCGAGGUUAAGCUGAUGCACUUGGACGUAAUUUCCCGCCUGAUCGGCAUCCACGAGCUAUUCCUCUUCGGCUUCUAUCCGUAUAUAACUCGAUUUCUGCAGCCUCACCAACGCCAAGUGACUCGCGUUAUGCAGUUCGCCGCCCAGGCCUCCCACGAACUGGUUCCCGGAGACAUAAUCGAGCCCAUCCUUAAAACUAUUGCCAACAACUUUAUCACGGAGCGCAACUCCAGCGAUGUGAUGGCCAUCGGUCUGAAUGCCACACGUGAGAUUUGCAUGCGCUGUCCCCUGGCCAUGGGCGAGGAUCUGCUCCAGGACCUGGCCAUGUACAAAACGUACAAGGAAAAGUCUGUGAUGAUGGCAGCACGUUCACUAAUCACACUCUACCGGGAACAGCUGCCGGCCCUGUUGCACAAGAAGGAUCGUGGCAGGCAAACAGAGGCCCAGGCCGAGCGGAAGGUUCGUGCCUACGGAGAGCGCGAGGUCCAUGACACAGUGCUGGGUGCGGAGGCACUCCUCAAGGACUCCAAGACCAUUGAUAUAGAGAGCGAUGAGGAUACGGACUCAAACGAUGGGGAGUGGGUUAAUGUGACGCACAGCGAUGGCGAGGGAGGUGGAGCCGGUAAGGAUGAUGAAGAGGAGGACGAAGAUGAUGAUGAUGAUGACGAAGACGAGGACGACGAGGAGAACGAAGAAAACAGUGACGGGGAGGAGGAAGGUGAAAACUCGGAUGAGGGCGUGGAAAGUGGAGAAGAGUCGGCCAAGGCGAAGAAGGAGAAGAAAGAUAUAAAGAUCCUCAACCAAAAGGAGGCUGCCCAGGAGCUGGCUCUGACACGCAUUUUCACGGACGAGGAUUUCAAGCGCAUCAAUGCGGCCAACCUCAAGAAGACCGUGACCAGUGCCCGCAAGCGGCCGCUCGAGCAGGACCGCGCCGAGUUCGUCAAACUGAACAGCAUAGAGAUGAUCUACAAGAAGCGCAAGCACGACAAGGAGUCGCGCCUGGAAACUGUGCAGGCUGGCCGGCAGGAUCGCGAGCGCUUCGGCUGGAAGGACGGACGGGUGAACGAGCAUUGCUCCAAGACGAACCGCGAGAAGCGCAAGACCAAGAACUUUGGCAUGCUGCGGCACAAGGCGCGCUCCAAGGUCAAGAAGAGCUUCAAGGACAAGCAACAGGCGCUCAGGAAACAUCUGCUGCACCAGAAGAAAAUGAAGUAGUUGUCCCUAAACUUGUAGUGUUUUAAAUAAAUACUAAUGUAAGAGCUAUUUUAAAAAACCUGUAACCAAUUGAUUGUAUAAAAGGAUGUUGGUAGAGUUUA